GUGGUUCUGGAUGUAUAGGAGGUGGUUCAGGAGGUAAUGGAUGUAUUGGAGGUGGUUCAGGAGGUAAUGGAUGUAUAGGAGGUGGUUCAGGAGGUAAUGGAUGUAUUGGAGGUGGUUCAGGAGGUAAUGGAUGUGGUUCAGGAGGUAAUGGAUGUAAUGGAUGUGGUUCAGGAGGUAAUGGAUGUAUUGGAGGUGGUUCAGGAGGUAAUGGAUGUAUUGGAGGUGGUUCAGGAGGUAAUGGAUGUGGUUCAGGAGGUAAUGGAUGUAAUGGAUGUGGUUCAGGAGGUAAUGGAUGUAAUGGAGGUAAUGGAUGUGGUUCAGGAGGUAAUGGAUGUAAUGGAGGUAAUGGAUGUGGUUCAGGAGGUAAUGGAUGUAAUGGAUGUGGUUCAGGAGGUAAUGGAUGUAAUGGAGGUAAUUCAGGAGGUAAUGGAUGUAUUGGAGGUGGUUCAGGAGGUAAUGGAUGUGGUUCAGGAGGUAAUGGAUGUAUUGGAUGUGGUUCAGGAGGUAAUGGAUGUAUUGGAGGUGGUUCAGGAGGUAAUGGAUGUAUUGGAGGUGGUUCAGGAGGUAAUGGAUGUGGUUCAGGAGGUAAUGGAUGUAUUGGAGGUGGUUCAGGAGGUAAUGGAUGUAUUGGAGGUGGUUCAGGAGGUAAUGGAUGUGGUUCAGGAGGUAAUGGAUGUGGUUCAGGAGGUAAUGGAUGUAAUGGAUGUGGUUCAGGAGGUAAUGGAUGUAAUGGAGGUAAUGGAUGUGGUUCAGGAGGUAAUGGAUGUAAUGGAGGUAAUGGAUGUGGUUCAGGAGGUAAUGGAUGUAAUGGAGGUAAUGGAUGUGGUUCAGGAGGUAAUGGAUGUAAUGGAGGUAAUGGAUGUGGUUCAGGAGGUAAUGGAUGUAAUGGAGGUAAUGGAUGUGGUUCAGGAGGUAAUGGAUGUAAUGGAUGUGGUUCAGGAGGUAAUGGAUGUAAUGGAUGUGGUUCAGGAGGUAAUGGAUGUAAUGGAGGUGGUUCAGGAGGUAAUGGAUGUGUUGGAGGUGGUUCAGGGAGGUAAUGGAUGUAUAGGAGGUGGUUCAGGAGGUAAUGGAUGUAUUGGAGGUGGUUCAGGAGGUAAUGGAUGUAUAGGAGGUGGUUCAGGAGGUAAUGGAUGUAUUGGAGGUGGUCUCGGAGGUGGUAAUGGAUGUAAUGGAGGUGCUUCCGGAGGUAAUGGAGGUGGUUCUGGAUGUAUAGGAGGUGGCUCCGGAGGUGGUUCUGGAUGUAAUGGAGGUGGCUCAGGAGGUAAUGGAUGUAUUGGAGGUGGUUCAGGAGGUAAUGGAUGUAUUGGAGGUGGUCUCGGAGGUGGUAAUGGAUGUAUAGGAGGUGGUUCAGGAGGUAAUGGAGGUGGCUCUGGAUGUAAUGGAGGUGGUUCCGGAGGUAAUGGAUGUAAUGGAUGUAUAUGAGGUGCUUCUGGAUGUAAUGGAGGUGGUUCAGGAGGUAAUGGAUGUAAUGGAGUUGGCUCUGGAUGUAUAGGAGGUGAUUACGGAGGUGGUUCAGGAGGUAAUGGAGGUAAUGGAGGU